GAGGUCCCCGACGAGUACACGUGCCCGAUCACUCAUGAGCUGAUGACGGACCCAGUCCUUGCGACGGAUGGGCAUACGUACGAGCGGACGGCGAUUGAGCGCUGGCUUCAGCGUAGGGCAACCAGCCCGAAGUCGGGUCUUGCCCUAGAGUCGACCAUGCUCUUCCCCAACCACAUUCUCCGGCGAAUCAUCCUUGAGUGGAAAGAGAUGAGGUAG